UUCGUCAUUCUUUUCUACUCUUCGCGCAAUUUGGUCGAAUUUUGUCAUUUCAAGUUCUUCCGCGUGGAAAAGUUGACACUCAAGAACGCUUGUUGUUUUCAGUUUUUGGUGCAACGUUGUUUUCGGCCCACUGCAUACCACCGCCAGAUGUGUUGGUGUUCCACCCGGCCUACUUUGAUCCCUUAUCGAGGUAGUAACCCUUUUUACGUUUAUUUGUUUAAAUGGCUUUCUCGUAGAAUGGAGCACCGCGGCAACUGAGAAUGUUGGCAACUUUUAAACGUUGUGCCGGUGUUUCCCCAUUCACACGUUUCUUCCUCAGGCGUCGGUGCAGGAUGUCUUCAGGAGGCAACACGGCAGGAAUCAUCGUAAUCGGGGACGAAAUCCUGCGCGGCGACAUUGCGGACACCAACGUGUUCCACAUCUGCUCGCGACUGCGCGCCUUGGGCAUCAGGGUGGAACGGGUGUCCAUCAUCCCCGACAUCGUGCCGGUCAUUGCCGAGGAGGUCAAGAAGUUCUCGGACACGUACCGGUAUGUCUUUACGUCCGGCGGCGUUGGGCCUACCCACGACGACGUCACCUACGAGAGCGUCGCUCGGGCUUUCGGCGAAGAGUUGUUCGUACACCCCGGCGUCCUAGAACUCUGCCUGAGCUUCUACGGCCCGAAAGCCGUCGACAACGGCGCUGUCUGUAAGUUCGCCACCAUACCAAAGUCAUCCAAGGUACUUUUCGGUACCAUGCAAAGGCCCGGCAGGGUUAUUGGGCUCCCUCUGGUCUGCACUAAAAAUGUCUACAUGUUACCCGGGGUACCAAAAGCCCUAGAAGCCCUGUUCCCGCUCUUUCUGAACGAGUGCACGGAAAACGGUCACACCGCGAUGACCAUUGAGGAAUUGUUCGUAAAUUCCGAUGAAGUUAGCAUAACGGCCCUUUUGAACAAGGCCGUGGAGCAGUUCAAGGACAAGGUCAAGAUCGGCUCCUAUCCCUCCCUGGACAACAACUAUUACAGGGUGCGUCUUGUGCUCGAGGGGGACAGUGAGGAUGACGUGGCGGGUGCAAAGAACUUUCUUAUUCAGAAUCUCCCUGCAAACACCGUCAUCAGCUUCGACCGCGACCCGCUGAACAAUACCUGGGAGAAGGUCUCUGCCCUUGCGAACAAAAUGCCGCACGUAGCGUCUGCCAUCAAGAUCAUCGAAAAAGCAAUUGACGAAUACGGCGUGGAAGGCAUCUGUGUCGGAUUCAGUGGUGGCAAGGACUGCACCGUCCUCCUCCACAUGGUGUAUGCAGUCCUUCAGAGGGAUUGUUCUGAACCAGACAAGCCCAAAAUCCAGUGCUUGUUCAUGUGUGGGAAAAGUAUGUGGCCAGACACCAUAUCAUUCAUUCAAAAGAGUGCCAAGAUCUAUUACUGCGACUUGCAGACAUUAUCCUGCACGUGCUACAAGGACGCCGUUCGGGAGUACCUUCGCUUAAAGCCCAACGUGAAAGCGUUCCUUUUGGGGAACAGGUCAACAGACCCUGGUGGGGACAAGCUGAAGCCGUUCAUUCCAACAGACCAGGGUUGGCCACCAGCAAUGCGUGUCUUUCCGGUUCUGGACUGGGGAUACAAGGAUGUGUGGAACUUCAUCCGCGACCUCAGCAUUCCGUAUUGUGCACUGUAUGACCAAGGUUAUUCGUCCAUAGGAGAGAACGAAGCUCCAAACGAAGUGCUCAUAUACUGGGACAGUAGAGGAGCUCGCAGGUUCAAGCCGGCCUACAUGCUUGAAGACAGCAAGCUUGAGCGCAGUGGCCGAAAGUGAUCCUUGCAGGUGAACUUGCUUGCCUACAGAGAUUCCAGAGGUGGGACAUACCUUGUAAUAUAAGACCAUUUAUUUGCUCAAGGAGACAGAUUCAGUUAUUUUAGUGACACGUUUCCAUUGAUUUUCUGUUUGUUCGAAUUUUAAAUUUCAGAUUAUUGGUCUUGGCAAAAUUGUUUUUAUUAUGUAGUGCACCAUGACCAUAAGUGCUUGCAUAUUUUUUUAGAAUUUUUAGUGCCUGGAAAUUUGAUGGCAAUUGGUGUGGGUUUAUUCUCGAAUGAUGAAGUGUUCUACCUUUCUAACACACAGGCCACCUAUGCAAACUUUUUAUUUAACCUAAACUUUGCCUUGCUGACGUGGAUGUAAAAUGGUGCACCUGCACAUUCAAAUCUCUAACUAUUGCUGUAACAAUGGAACAGUUACUUGCCUGCUUUUGUUUUUUUAUAGCCAAGAGGAGUCAACCCUCCGUUUAGACACCCUCUUAGAACAAUGGAACAUAAUUUUAUUGUGUGUGAAACAAUUCAAGAGGUCAGCAUACAAUGUAGCUUACCUUACCAAUCACGUGCACAGUGGGAAGUUUUGGUCUUGUGAUAUUCUGUGUCAAGCUCAUGAGGUGUCCGAGGGCAGAGAUUUUCCACAGCUUUUCUCUCGUGCUACAAAUAUUGCCCCCAGUGUGCCUUCCUAUUUAUUGAAGAUCAGUCUGCUUUCUUGAAGUUGAUCUGAGUGCCUUACCAAGUGAUAGUCUGGGACUUCUGAUUGUUCUCUGAAACUUUUGUAUUUCAGUGAUGCACAUAGCGUUUCCAGUUCAUGUCUGAAGCCCCAUUUGUGUGCUAAGUAAUUGCAAUGGAUUAGGGAGCUCCCUGGGUUUCACUCUGUAUUUGUCAUGAAUUAAUUGUACUUUGCACACAUCAAGUAUGAUUACAACAUUUUUGUUGAAUUGUUUAGUAUUAGACUCGUAAAAACGAUUGUAAUUUGUCCCCCUUGCAAUCUAGCAUUCCAGACACAUGCUUGAUCUGUUAAAUUUAACCAUUCUUCUGUCACAGAGUUGAACACGGAGAUGAUUCUUCAUGGACUCGGUACCCGGUGCUUGCAGUUCUGUAACAACAAGAGCGUAGUAUUUAUGUAUGGCUUGUCCUGAGUUAUUGGAUGUUAGUAUUUACAAAAAGCACUUGAGAUAUGACCUCCUCUUUAUAUUUACAAAGCCAUUUCUAUUUGUGGCAUAUUCCUGACCAAGUUGUGGUAAUCUCGCUUGGAGCAAUUUUUGGUGUCGCACUUACCGAAAGCAUCUUGUCAACAUCUCUGGCAUCGUACAUGACGUUCUCAUUGAUGCGAUCUGAGAAGCACUGCAUUAGGAAGUGGUGCUUGUCUUCCUGGAAUGUUUGGAAAUCAAAAACAGAUUCGUUUUUUUUUACCAAAGAUCCAAAUAUGAACCGAUUUUAUUGAAUUCCCUGCCUUCGGUGGGCUUUUUCAUCUCCCUUUUCCCGACCGUUUUAGUCAUAGUCAACAUUGUCUCAGGAAGGCUUGCAGUACCUUAUUAGGGCUUUUAGGAACUUUUGAAAAUUUGGGUUGUGAUUCAGAAAUAUUAGGAACACGAAUUAGUUUGACAGCUUGUGCUUGGCACAUCUGCCUUGCAUUUAAAAAAAUAUUACUACCACAUGCCCAGCAUUCCUUGGACUGGUAAUGGUGCCAGAAACAACCAAAAAAACCGGUUCGUGACCCACUGUUUUGGGCUCAUUUUAUAGCGGGUCUGUCUUUAUUUGUAUUUUAUGGAGCAUGGAUAAACAGUUCGAUAAGCGUA